AUGGCCUCAGCCGAGAGACCCCGAAUUCUUCUUCUCUCUCUCGCAUAUCGCGACUUUCUCGAUGAAGUCUAUUCCACGCUCUUCACCAGGCUCUCAGAAGUGGCCAACAUUAAGCGCGCGAAGACCGCAAACACUGCGCUUCAGAUAAUCGCCGAGGCCACCUUCAAAGCAUUUAUCAUAACAGACGAAGGCCUUACCGAAUCCAAUCAAGAGAACCGGGGAGGUGCUCGCUAA